AUGAACGAUGAAUCUGACGAUGAACUUUCAAGUAAUUGGGAAAUGGGUAAGACACAUGAUGGACGAAUAUUUUAUAUUGAUCAUCAAAUAAAAAACACACAAUGGGAACAUCCUAUUACAAAAAAAAUUAAAAUUAUACCACCAGAUUUACCAUUUGGUUGGAAAGAAGUAAUUGAAAAAGAUGGAACAGUUCUAUAUAUCGAUGAACAACAUAAAAUUAUUACCACUGGAGAUCCUCGUCUGGCAUAUACGAAGAAUCCAGUAACAAAAGAUUCUAGUUCAAAUUUCGGACAUCAAUCAAAUGCAUUGCAAAUUCUUUAUGGAAUGGAUCUCACUAAUAAAACAGCUAUCGUGACUGGUGCUAAUACUGGCAUAGGUUUUGAAAUUGCACGUUCAUUCGCAAAACAUGGUUGUCAAGUUAUACUAGCUUGUCGAAACAUGGCGAAGGGUGAAGCUGCUUGUGCAAAAAUUAUUAAAGAGCAGGAAAAUGCAAAUGUCAGUUGUCGAAAAUUAGAUCUAUGUUCAUUACGUAAUGUUAAACAAUUUGCUGAACAAUAUCGACAAGAAUCUUUGCCAUUGCAUCUGCUUAUAUUAAAUGCUGGCGUUUUAAAUACAAGAUUUAAACUAACUGAAAAUGGUUAUGAAGAAAUGUUUCAAGUUAAUUAUAUGGCACAAGCCUAUUUGACAGUUGGAUUACUUACCUCGAUGAUAACCACAAAAAGUGAUAGUCCACCUCGUGUUAUUGCUAUUAGUUGUGAAUCGCACCGCGUAGAAAGUCCAGGUAUUUCAAUGCUCAACGGUAUUAUAUUGGAUCGACUAAGUCCGCGUUCACCACAUCAUUUUGAUAAUUUACUUGCUUAUGGUCAAUCGAAACUUUGCUUAAUUAUGUUUAUUGCUGAAUUUCGACGAAAUUAUCCACAAAUUUAUUCGGUUGCUUGUCAUCCUGGUAAUGCAAUCAAUUCUGAUUUAACUCGUAAUUCCUAUUUAUAUCGAUUUUUUGUUACAAUUGCGCGUCCUUUUUCGAAAUCUUUGCAACAAGCUGCAGCAACACCAGUAUUUUGUUCUAUAAUGAAAUCUGUUUUAAACGAACCAACUAUUUAUUAUAACAAUUGCUAUGAAGGUUCUCCAUCAUCAUUUGUUUAUAAUACACAGUUAACGCAAGAUUUAUGGAUACAAACUCAAACAAUGAUUGAAUUAGCAUUUAAAAGACAGCCAUUAACUGUUUAA